AAAACAGUUCAGGAUCCUGUUUCGACUCUUUUAUUUUUGCUCAUUUAAUUCAUAUUUCUAAUGGGUGUCAAUUUGAAUUGUUAAAGGAUGCUUUGCUUCCACAGCACCUGGCCAGCUCACAAACACAAUCCCUGAAAAAUGUAGCUACUGUUUAUCAGAAAGUCCUUGGGGAAAACGUGAGACCAGUUGUAAAAUAAAAUAAAGUCCGAAUAAAAUUGGAGGUGGUAGUGUUUUUUUUUUGUUUUUUUUUGUAUAAGGUUAUUUAAAGAAUCUGAUUAGCCAUCCGUUGCUAAAAUGUCCACCAAUAUUAAUAAAAUGUGUUAGGCGGCUGGUGGUGCUGGAGGUAAACCACUGGGCACGCUUCCACGGCCUGCGUGUCUCACUCUUCAGCGGAUCGUUUAACCAUUAAUCAUUCAUUAUGUGAAGACCACAGCCUCCCUGGGGAGAAACCCAACAACUAACAGAACCUACAGUCUCCGCAUUAGGCCCAGUGAUAAACCCGCCGCUACCGCAGCCCAUCCGGUGGUUUUCAGGGACUCAUCGCCUCUGCAGGGCAGAUGAAUCAGAGAGUAUCUUAUAGACUGUUUUCAGCACCGGGAGCUGUCCGUGGUUUUGAAUCCUGUUAAGGCAAGAUGAGAGGCGUCUUGGGAUCGUACAAUCAAACCAGGAGAUUCAUUUGAAGGGGGAUUUAAACGUAACUGUUGGAAGAACAAGGAACAGUUCAGCAUGCUCCCUGCUCAUGAAGCGGCCAAGAUCUACCACACCAACUAUGUGCGCAACGCCCGGGCCGUGGGCGUCAUGUGGCAGGUGUUCACCAUCACCUUCGCAGUCAUCACGGUGGUGGUGUUCAUCCAGCCCUACUGGAUCGGGGACAGCGUGAACACGCCGCAGGCCGGGUACUUCGGCCUUUUCCAUUACUGCAUCGGGAACGCGCUCACAUCGGAGCUCACCUGCAAGGGGAGCGCACUGGACUUUGGCUCCAUCCCAUCCGGGGCCUUCAAGACGGCCAUGUUCUUCGUGGGGAUCUCCAUGCUGCUGAUCGUGGGGAGCAUCGUCUGCUUCAGCCUCUUCUUCUUCUGCAACGCCGGGAGCGUCUACAAGAUCUGUGCCUGGAUGCAGCUGGCCUCCAGUACAUGCAUGGUGAUCGGCUGCAUGAUCUAUCCUGAUGGCUGGGACUCAGAGGAAGUGAAGCGCAUGUGUGGUCAGCGGACUGACAAAUACACCCUGGGUAACUGCACGGUGCGCUGGGCCUACAUCCUGGCCAUCAUCAGCAUCAUGGACUCACUCAUCCUCUCUUUUCUGGCCUUCAGCCUGGGCAGCCGGCAGGACAAACUGCUGCCCGAAGACUUCCAGGUGGAGGAAAAGGAUAUGUAAAUCCCUGAUGGAGGAGAGAGAAGAUGCAACCAAGUCAACAACAUUGAAAUGAACUCCAAGGGCUCAUGGCAGUAAUUGGUAGCCUUGGUGUAAAACCUUCCAAAAACGACUCCAACAGAGUUCAGAGUUUCACUUUCCUCCGGCUUCAGUACAGCCUUGACUUCAUUACUUUAAGGGAUUUGAUUAUAAUUUUAUGUAAGCUGAUGACAGUGGAGACUUCCAGUUAAGGCCAAAAUUAUUCAUACCCCUGGCAGAUUUUAAAUUAUUUUCAUUUAACCAAGAAAUUUCUUUCGCCAUCUCUCAAAAUAUGAUAAAACAAUGUAAACGAAAGAAAAAAGUAUUUUUGAACCCUCCUAAAUAUUUAUUGGCCUUACACUAAUCAAACCUUCCUUAUAAUUACUGGUCCGAUAUUUGCACGUUUCCACCUAUGUUUAGAGGAUUUCCCUUUGGUGAUGAGCUUCAAGUCUUUAAGGAUGGAAGGUCUCCUGGCCAUCACCCUAAGCUUUAACUCCCUCCAGAUUUCUUUUAAAAAUCAGAUCCAAGUCUAGACUCCGUCGGGCCACUCUAAAAUGUAAACAUUAUUUCUAGAAAAAAGAAAUGAAUUGGUAAGAUUAAUUUAAUCAUAAUCUCAGAAGGAUAUGAAUAAUGUGGGCAAAAUAAGGUUUGUUUGUUUUUUUACCCUACACAUAAAAUACGAUGUAGAUUUGAUUUUUCACCGGUUUUACAGUGUCCUACAAACAUAUUCACAGCUUUUGAAUAAAACAUUUUUUCAUUCAAGAAUCACAAAUUUCAAUGCAUUUUAUUAAAAUGUUAUACUGCUAAACAAAGUCACACACAACUGUAAAGGGGAAGGAAAAUUGUACUUGGUGUCCAAAUGUUUUUACAAAUAAAAGCAGACGGGCCAGGAUAAAAGCUGUUAAGUUUAAAGCAGAUUUAGGUUAGAAAUCAGAAUCUCAGGCUUUAAACAUCCCAUGAAGCACUGUUAAAGCCAUCAUCUGAUAAUGGAAAGAUGUGGCUGGGCAAAGAGAGCAUUAAUCAGAGAAGCAGCGAAGAGGCCCUUAGUAGCUCUGGAGGAGGUACAGAUCCGCAGUUCCGGAAAGAAACUUUGACAAGAAAAAGUUCUGCACCCCACAAAUAUGAGCUUUAUGAAAAACAAACAAAGUUGAUUAGAUUUUGCUGGCUCAGCUUUUUUAGAUGUGCAAAGUUGGUAGAGACCUAGCUAAAUAUACUUGCAGCUGUAGUACUGACUCCAGACAGGCCGAAUACAAAUGAGCACCAAACUAAUCAGAUUUUUACUUGUAAAAACCGUCUGGUUUUAAAAAAAAAUCAUAUUCUCUCCACAUGACAAUGUACUACUACUACGUUUGGUUAGUCUAACAUUACACCUCACCACAAACUACACUCAGGUUUGUUUUUUUAAUUUCACAAGAUGACAACAAAUUUCUAAGAUUUCAGCAAGGAAAGGACACAUCCUUUCAAAUGCCCGUUUUACCUAAAAUCGUAUUGUAGAUAUAUAAAAAAAUGCUUUUUAAAACUUUCUGUAAUUUGAUAUUAAGGAAUUACGAAAAACCUUCAAUUUGCCAGGCAAACUAAUUUGGAAAAGUGUUUAUUCUUAUAAUAUACAGGGAGAAAUAAAGAAAGAUGGAAGACAUGGACAUAAGAAACUUGCAUUAAAAAUGUAUGACAACUGUGAAGAAAGUCCAACCAAUAAAACAAUAUCUGCAAUUAGUACAAUCUUGUAUUAAACCAGCACAUUCAUGGGAAAAUGAAAGUCUUGUACAGUUGGAGCUAAAUUUGUUGCCUGAUCACAAAGAACAAAAUGUUUUUUUAAGCCCUUCAGGUAAAGCCUCCUUUGCUACUCGCUACCUUGUUCAGAACUUGCAUUAAGCCAAACUCUUUGGUACAACAUUCUGUACACUGGAUGCUUAUCCGUGUGUGGUUUGGUUGGACUGUCCAAGUAUGACAGUGUUUAUGAAACCGUCUGCAGAGCGGUCCAUCCAGGAGAAAAACAAUCCGUGUUCACACCCUUAUACCAAAUGCCGAGAGAAAAUGUAAAAUAAUGCAGAAUGUUGACAAAGAAAAUGAAUCUGGUUGUCAAGAGGGUAUUCCUGGACACUGCAUUAAAAGGUCUGGUUUCUAACCCUGUGGAGCUGUUUGUCUAAAAAUUUACAAAAUUUUUUUUUUUCUGUCCUUUUUGUUGAUGGAGACGAUACAUCUUACGAUGACAGUUCUUAAGGUUAACUGGUUCAUUUUUCAGCUAAUAAGAACUGUGCAGAAAAUCACUCUGAACACAAAGUUUUAGGCCGAAGGAGAAGAACCUGGCGCAUGAUGAUUGGCAAAGAUUUGGCUCAACAGUGAACUAUACAACGCCCUGUAGCUUUAAUGGCCUAAUGGCUUACUUUCAGAUAGCAUCUUACGCUUCUGGUCGCGGAGGAAAAGUGCAAAUUUCAGUUCUUGAAGAGAAAAAUGUGCACCAACGAUGAGG